AUGGCCAUUACCCAAAUCACCUCCGACACCAUCGAGAGCGUCCUUCCUGCACCUCUCACCGUCCCAGUACCCGCCGAGCUCGAUGCUUCUAAGCUUGAGAUAGACCUCGCCUCUGAGCUCAAGGCCGUACCGCCGGCUUCCGAGCUGACGUUUGGUCAGGUCAUGACCGACCACAUGAUGAUCGCUCACUAUGACCCGGUAAACGGUUGGAGCGCACCGCAGAUCAAACCAUACGGUUCCUUGUCAGUGGACCCCGCAAGUUCAUGUCUUCAGUACGCGACGAACGCCUUCGAGGGAAUGAAGGCAUAUCUUGGACCGGAUGGAAAGCCACGUCUGUUCCGGCCACAAAUGAACAUGCAGCGCAUGGAGACGUCGGGAGGGCGCCUUGCUCUUCCUCCGUUUGACACAAACGAGCUCCUCAAACUCAUCAAAAAGCUCGUCCUCAUCGAGCAGCGAUGGAUCCCGACCGUCCCUGGACACAGUCUGUACCUCCGCCCCACCAUCAUCGGCACGCGCAGCUCUCUGGGAGUCGCGGCUUCCGACCGGGCAACUUUGUACGUCAUCUGCAGCCCGACGGGGCCCUUCUUCCGCACGGGACCCAAGCCAAUCGCGCUCUUCGCGGUGGGUGAGCACGUCCGCUCCUGGCCUGGCGGAACAGGCGGGUACAAGCUCUCCCUCAACUACGCGUCGACAUUUCGGCCACAGCAGGUCGCGGCGAAGCUGGGAUACGACCAGUGCCUCUGGCUGCUCAACGGGACGAUUGCUGAGGCGGGCGCGAUGAACGUUUUCGUGGUGUUGAAGCGCGACGACGGUGCGCUCGAAGUCGCGACCCCUCCGCUGGACGGGACGAUUCUGCCUGGAGUCACACGCGCGUCCAUCCUGGAGCUCGUCGCGGCGCAUCCCUCGAAGACCACUCUCCCUGGGCUUGACCCCUCCAUCGUGCUACAUCCGGCCGAGCGCACGAUGACGAUGGCUGACCUUACUGAGUGGUCCGAGGAGGGUCGUCUCCUAGAAGUGUUUGCCGUCGGCACCGCGGCCGUCGUCGCGGCGGUGGGGAGGAUCGGGUACGAAGGCAAGGAUAUCGUGCUUCCCGCUCACGAAGGCGCGCUCGGCCCCGUUGCGCGCGGGAUGUACGACCGCGUGACCGCGAUCCAGGACGGCAGGUUCGACUGGCAGGACUGGUGCGUGAAGUGCGAGUGA